AUGCGCAAACAGCAGCGAUGGUUUAAUGAUCAUCAUUUUGGUAACCGUGCGGCGUCGACAAGACUGGAAGAUUUGAUGGAACAUAUGGAACUUAAGGUGGAAUGGAGGUCAAACUUUCAGAAGCUGGCAGAGCCGCAAAAUGAAGAUUUGCAGACGGAGUUUCGUCAAGGAGGAGGUGUAUAUGAGAACAAUCGAAUCCAUACACGACAGAAUCGAUACAAUGAUGAGUGGAAAGAUGCUGAGCAAAUGCUUACUCGUAUUGACCGACGUGCACGGAUAUUGAUGCUGCAAUCAUUCCACAAGUUUGCGUUGUUUAUUGAAGCAAUUGAAUAUGUGGUCUUGCACUUUAUUCAGUGGUGCGAGGUCCCCUCGGAGCUGGAAAUUGCCGCACCGCUGUUCAGCGUACUGAAACGCCCGAUUGAGGUGAUGAAGGCAAGCGAAAACGAUGUGCGACUGAUACUGCCUUUGCUCGACUCGGCUUUCCAUCGUCUGAUCAUCCACAGCGUGUGCCAGUUUUACGGCGUGCGGUCACGAACUGAAACCAAUUGUCGUUUGAACGGAAAGAUUAUGGUGCUUAAGAGUCCAAAGAAGAAAAGUCUGUCCGACGAUAUGGCUCCUAUUUCGUUGUGCGACUUUAUUCGCGAAACGCGCAUUGCUCGACGGCAAGUCAUAGCAGGUUCGCUUGACGAACUUGCGUGUACUAGUCACGCGCUGGACAUGCAGUCGCGGGGUAGCGAUUGCAGCGAUGGCUUCUGUUUGGUAGAGGCCCCGGAGAUCUGA